AUGGCCGAGGCCGUGGGUUUAGCCGCAAGCAUCGCGGGCCUCGUCCAGCUCACAGGCUCUGUAUUCAAGCUGGUCACCAAAUUCUGCAGGGAGGCCAAGGAUGCGCCGUCGAAAGCCCAGGAACUCGCCACCCAAACCAGGGAGCUUGCUGGCAUCUUUGAGAAUCUCAGGCUUCUUGCUUCUGCCCUUGAGACUGAGAGUUCAAAUCCCUCGUUAAAGACACAUCAUCUUGACUCGUGCCAGCGAACGUUGGAUGAGAUCAACACCACUCUGAAUAAAGCCCAGGCCGACUUUGAUAGCGGCAAGUCUGCCAAACGGUUUUCGCGACGGUUGAAAUGGCCCUUCUCACUUUCCGAAACGAAGGAUCUAGUAUCAGAUCUCGCUAAUCAUCGCGCCACUGUCCAGCUUGCCCUUUCGGCCGACAGCAUGGAUGCUUUACUGAAGAGUCUCUCAAAGCAGGAUCAGAUUCUUAACCUGAUUGAAAGGAAACUCAGUUUUGACACGCGAGUGCAGCUUAAUAAGAGACGCAAGGAAGUCAUGGACUUCUUUUUGCGAGUAAAGCCUCAAGACUAUCUUGAUGUUUGUCGUGAAUUGCGGCAUGAGGCGACAGGGUCGUGGCUUACAAGCGGCGACUCGACGUUCUCGGAGUGGAUAGAUGGAGUAAAUUCCAAGCUGUGGUUAAGUGGUAUUCCUGGCAGCGGAAAGACGGUCCUCUGUGGAUUGGUCAUUGAAACGGUACUUGCACAAAGUGAUGACUCAACAGCAGUAUGUUACGCCUUCUGCGACUAUAAAAACUCCGACACUUGCUUGCCAGAGAAUAUCAUCGCUGCUCUAGCCGUCCAGCUCGGUCUCCAAGGCGAAGAAGCUUUCGAUGCUCUCGAGGAGUACUACGACAUGUUACAUCCUGAAGACAAGCUCCCUAUGCAACCAAAGUUAGAUGACCUCCUCGAGCUUAUCGAUUGUAUGGCAGAAGUUUACGAUAAAGUAUUUGUCAUAGUUGACGGCCUGGAUGAAUGCGGUAUCCACGUCUCACGGAUGACGCAGGCUCUGAGGUCUGUAGUUGACAAGUCUCAGACUGUCAGCGCUGCGUUCUUUAGUCGUAAGGAAGAGGAGAUUCGCGAGGAGCUUGAAGGUCAGUUUGAGCAUAUCGAGGUUUCGGCUCAUACGAAGGACUUGGAGGAUUAUACCCUUGCAGAGGUGGGCAAACGGAAGGUUCUCAAGAGGCUUGAAGAGACAAAUCCGUUGCUGUACAAAGACAUUCUCCAUACUUUGGUACAAGGUGCGCAAGGAAUGUUUCGCUGGGUAGCCUGUCAAAUUGAUCACAUUUGCGACCAACCAAACAACAACGCCAGAAAGAAGGCAUUAAAAGAACUACCUCCAACUCUAUUCGGCACAUAUGACCGCGUUCUACAAAAUAUAGCGCAGAGUCCUCCUGGGACACUGGCUUGUCUGCAGAAAGCCCUCCAGUGGAUUGCCUUGGCGGACUACAAAAUGGACAUUCCUAUGUUAUGUCAAGCAGUGUCUAUCCAAAGUGAAGCUGAUCCCAUUGAAAAGGAUGACAUUAUUGACCCUGAGAUUAUCUCUCGUCGCUGCGGAUGCCUGUUGCGCAAGUCUCUGGACGGGAAGUUCUUCGAAUUUGCCCAUUUCACCGUAUUGGAAUAUUUGACCAGCUCACCUGUUGAAGGAUUUCGUUUCGCUGAGGAAAGCGCUUACCGAUCGUUUGCUGAGACGUCAGUCAGAUUUAUCCUCUUCCCAUGCUUUGACAGGACACCUUCGCUCAUUGAGACGGUGGAAGAAGCAUAUCGUGAGGUGCGAGAUAGAGAACACCCGUUCUAUCGCGUUGCGGCAGAGAUACCCUACGAUCUUCACUGCGUCCGUAGCCUCAGCCAUACUCGGACAGCGACCCUCGAGGAAGAGCCUGCUCUUAGCUUACUAAAGAGGUUAUUCAGCGGAGAAAAGAACGGGCAUUAUCAACACUGGCUGCGUACUGUUACGCAAAGUAUCACCGUGUUCCAUGAGUUUUCGUCCAGCCCAUGGCACCUGGCUGCGUUCUUGAUAAGUCCCAGACUAUGCGAGUACAUCUUGGAACAAGGUGCCGAAGUAAAUGCAGUACACAACACAUGGACUCCCUUGGCCACCGCAAUAUUCCAAAUUGCUAAGCAUGGCAGGAAAAAUGGCCAAGAGAGUGAUGGAAAUGAGUUUUGGAGUCACCGUCACACCCAGGUCUUGAGCAUCUUGUUAGACCACGGUGCUGAUGUGCUUUUCACAAGACGGGGACAGAGCACUUUGUCAGCGGCUUUUGAGAGAUUGAAAGGCCACGAUCUACUGCCGUUCGUUCGUGCGUCGAUACCAGUACCAGAAGAUGCCGUAGCGACCUUUUCGGAUCGUAUCUGGGACGAAAAGUCAGACGAUGCGUUUCUACAAGCAGUCUUGGACCUUUCGAUCGGUGAAGAUGCUCCCACGCAGUGGAAGCCAAUGGCAGCGCCCGCAUUGAUUCAUUCUCGAAGACGAGGUCUUGGAGUUCCGGGCCAAAUUGUUAAUCUCCCAGCCGACACGUACACCGACGAGGACUACCCCAAGGCGUUUGAGGUAGCAAUAGAAGCUGGGUAUACCGAAGACCUCGCCGCACUCAUAGCUGACCCGCGUUUCCACGAUGAAGCCUGUAGACAGAGCAACUUUGCACUCCUCAACGCCGCUGCGGCAAGCCGAAUCGGCCGCAGUGGCGAGACCCUCAAGAUGCUCCUCGAUCUUGGCAUAGACCCAAGCACAGUGGAUUCAACCGGCCGAAACGCUCUUCAUAUCAGCUGUCAUUCAGCUAAUUUUGACGUGGUGGGCAUCCUUCUCGCGCACGGGGUUGACUCGUCCAAGAGCGACGUCAGAGGCCAGACACCGUGGCAUUUGGCGGCUUCGAAUGGACGCGAAGAUCUACUCAAGUACCUAUUCCAGCACGAUGAGAAUGCUAUGAAAGCACUGAAGAUCGCGAACCAAAACAAGGAGACACCAUUGGGUUCUGCCUUUGUGAGUGCCGUGGUCGAGGCGUGUUUGUUCCUCUUGGAGAUAUGUCCCUCAGAGCCGGCCUAUUACCAAUUCAGUGUGCCACCUCUCGAAGAUGCGGUCAUGAUCGGUUCAAAAGAGCUUUUCGAAGCUUUACUGGCCAAAGGAGAUAUUGUUACCAGCACCAGUACGCCUUCAUCGAAUCCCAUGCAUUUUUUGUCGGGCAAAUGCACACCACAAUUCGCCCGAUACCUAAGUACAAUGUAUGAUCCAUUUGCUUUAGAUGCUUCUGGCUGUUCUCCGUUCCAAUUGUUUUUCGAAAGAUGGCUUUAUCUAAACGAAGACUUUGAGAAACAUCGCACUAUUCUUCUGGACAACGAACUGCUGAGGCUAUUACUUCCGGAGAACUUUGUCUUCGUGAGGGACACUGGAUCCGUUCAUGCGUGGGAGAUCAUCUGCCAUUGUAUUUGCCAAGCGGAAGUCUGCUGCUUGAUUCCUAAAGAUGAUAAUGGAGGUGCAUCUAGCGACACCAAGAACGAUUGCGAGUAUUAUCUCGCCCAUGAUAUUUCCACUAUUUUCAGAUGUGGGAUACUCUCAUCAUACGAGAACUCGCAGGGGCUGCCAGGCAUUCUGCCGCUUAUAAAAUCAGCGCGACGUCACCACCGGGCACAUUUCUGCGAAUCUUCAUUCACAAGCCUGAUUAGAGAGAUAUUGCGAGUCUCCAGCAUCAAGGCUUCAUUCUGCGACUACGAAGACUACUACGGGCUGUUCAUCAGAGUUAUGUGCGGGAACCACAUGCGUUUACUAGAAGAACUCAUCGGUCAAGAAGUUGAUCUUCUUCGGCGGGUGCCAGAUAGUGUAUCCAAGACUCCAAAGUCGCUUUUCGAGAUGGGCUGUGAGCGAGCACAGCCGGGGAUAUUCCGACUAUUGUUAGACAAUAUAUCUUUAGAGCGUCUUCAAGUGCCAGGCACAUCAGGCCGAACUCCAGUCGAGCUGCUCGUGUACGGGCGUAGUCCAGAUAAGGCGCGUCUCCUUGAAGCACUUUCCGAGAAAGGACCUGUCACUAUGCCAGAGAAUUUAGAAUGUCCUUUGAUUGUCAAGGCAGCAAGCGAUUCGGAAUGGAAUCUUGUGAAAGGUCUUGCACGGCUUGGACACGACGUCUCUGUCAAAUCGUCCGGAGGUUGGGGGCUUGCUCAAUACGCCGUGAGUCAAGGUGAUCUCGACAUGUUCAAGUGGGUGAUGGAGUCUGUAUCGGAGACGGCGCAAUGGCAAACACUUUCCUUUGGCAGUUCGGAGAGUCAUCCCAAUCGGGUGAGGAAACAAAAGAUAUUUGACACACAACUCUCGCUCUUACAUAUGGGGGGCCUUCAGCCACAUGUACUCGCGUACAUGCUUGACAAUAAGCUUUUUAGCGACGUGAAUAUUGUCACAUACAAUGGGAGAACACCUCUGCACUGGGCUGCAUUUUGUGGAGUUGAGACUGGCUGCCAGAUGUUGAUUGCCCAGGGCGCAGACCCGUCUAUUAGGGACAAGAGCGGGAAACUCGCCAUCGACUACGCCCAUUUUCACGAUUACGAGGAAGUUGUCACUAUGCUGCUCGAGGCUGGCUCACCGCAGCCAGAAGAGCAAUUCACGGAUGAGAAGCAAAUGAAUAAGAUAGCAUCUGCCGCGGAGCUAGAGAUGCGACGUCGAGUAAAAUUUGAGAAGGCCAUAUGGGAUGGAGACUUGGACGAGUGCGAGCAGGCGUUCUUGGCAGGAUGCUCAGUCGACCGACCUGUGCCCAGUUGCCUGUGCUCGCCUCUAUUCCUUUCUAUCCGGGCGCGCCAGGACCAUAUUACAGCUCGGUUGCUCGAUCAGGGAGCCAGUACUCUAGAUAACAAGUGUGACCACAAUGUCCAAAAGAAGCUUGUGGCACAUGCUGCAGUUAACAUAGACUCUGCGGCUCUCAUGAAGAGCAUCUUGACCGCCUCCUUCAAGCAACAGACCAUUUGGCAUACGGGUUUACACGCGGCGUUAUACAUAGCUAUCAUUCGCGAAGAGCUGGAAUCAGUGAAGGUGAUUCUAGAGCACUUCAAUUUACAUAUAAAGGACUACCACAAUGCGUGGAUAUUUGAGCUCGGCGAUGACUUCCACACAGACUCGAUCGACGAAUUCCGAACCAGAUUCAUAAGCCAAUCUAUGAGCAUCCCAUCUGGAGAUACAGGCACAGUCCUUCAUUUCGCAGUAAAGGGGGGCGAUCUAGCCAUGGUGCGAACUCUCAUCUCAAACGGUGCCGACGUAAACGCACUGAACAAACAUGAUGAAACACCUCUGAUGAUCGCCGCUGAAAAUAACCACCUCACUCGGUUUCCCGAGGAAAUGCAGAGAUGGUCCAACUUCUGGACUCGGCGAGUCCGUACUCUCUACAGUUCACGACGACGGAGGGGACCAACCUUCUGGGAAUACAGAUAA